CUCCAGCGGAUUUACUUUUCCCGCUUCCUGCGGUUGUUAGAGAGAGAGAAGUUGAAUGACCUCUCGGUUCUCGGGGGUUUCCUUCAGGUGGCCGUGAACGCGCGGUGGACGUUGCAUUCCCUCCCUCCCCCUAAAUCUCGAUUCAAUCUUGUCUCAUCGAGAAUCCGAGAGGAAUCAAUAAGAAAGGAGGAGAUUUGUUUCCAAUAUCUCUUCCGAAUAGCUUGGCAUUCAAAGAUUUGGGAGAAAAGGAAAGUGAUUGAGGAUUGGGAAGGUUCGAUCGGUGAAUCCAGUCUCUCAAGUUCUGCACAAGCUUUAAGUCAGGUGAUGGUGCACAAUUCCUCCUGCUGCAUAUCAAGAAAGUGGCUUCUACCUUAUUCCAUCCAUGCAUAGAGGUAACACUGAGCCUUGCAUAGAGGAUAUUGGAUGCAUCUCUGCUCUGACAUAGCUCGAUCUGUGUACCAAAAUCUCUUAUUAAUGGGCGCAACAUGGUUAUUUGCAGUUUUCUGUCUUUGUGAUGCAUAGGUCAUAAAAGAUGUUUGAUUGUGCUGGUUACAAAUCUCAAUUUAUGGAUGGCCAGAGAGAGAAAUUUGUAAGGCUGGAGGAGUCAAGUCCUAGGGUAUCUUGUGCUUCUGAUAUAGGAAGAAUGAACAAGUGUGGUUUCAGCAUUGAGGGAUUUUGUGCUGGACCAAACAACCCAUCAAAGUCCUUCGAGAGAGGAAUGAGAAGGGGAUCUGAACGACUUAAAUCAAUUGGUCGAUCUUUUGGAUUUGGUGUUUCUAGGGCAGUUUUUCCAGAAGAUCUUAGAGUUUAUGAGAAAAAGAUAUAUGAUCCUCAAGAUAAAUUUCUUCUAAGAAUGAACAGGCUUUUUGUCAUAUCAUGUAUUCUUGCUGUAGCAGUGGAUCCAUUGUUCUUUUAUCUUCCUGUAGUUGAUCAAGAAAAAAUUUGCAUUGGAAUAGAUACAAAGUUAGCAAUCACAACAACCACAGUGCGGACACUUGUUGAUGCUUUCUACCUUCUUCGUAUGUUUCUUCAAUUUCGUACUGCUUAUAUUGCUCCAUCAUCUCGGGUUUUUGGUAGAGGUGAACUUGUGAUUGACCCUGGACAAAUAGCUCAGCGGUACUUGAGACGCUACUUCACCAUUGACUUUCUUUCAGUGCUACCAAUUCCACAGAUUAUAGUCUGGAGAUUCCUCAAUACUUUAACUGGUAUAGAUGUAAGGAUUACAAGAGAUGCAUUGCUUUUUAUUGUCAUGCUUCAACUUAUUCCCAGAUUCUUCCGGAUUUUCCCAUUAACAUCAGAGUUAAAAAGGACAGCUGGCGUCUUUGCUGAAACUGCUUGGGCUGGCGCUGCAUACUAUCUGCUGUGGUAUAUGCUUGCCAGUCAUAUAGUUGGUGCUUUCUGGUACUAUUUAGCUGUGGAACGUGAAAAUGAUUGCUGGCGUUUAGCUUGUAGGAGUGUUAAAGGGUGUGAUUCAGCCUACUUGUAUUGUGGAAGUGAGGAUUUGGAAUUGUUUGCCAGCUGGAGCAAAGUCAGUCAGGAAGUGACCGGCAAGCAGUGUUCAUUGGAUGAUGAUAAUCCACUAUUUAAUUUUGGAAUUUAUAAGCAGUCGUUGACAUCUGGAGUUGUUUCAUCGUAUAAAUUCUUUCCAAAGCUUUGUUAUUGCUUAUGGUGGGGUCUGCGAAACCUGAGUACCCUUGGCCAAGGACUCGAAACAAGCACUUUUCCUGGAGAGGUUAUCUUUUCUAUAGCACUAGCUAUCUUUGGACUCAUUCUCUUUGGACUCCUUAUUGGCAACAUGCAGACUUACCUCCAGUCUCUGACAUUACGGCUUGAAGAGAUGAGAGUCAAAAGGCGUGACUCAGAGCAAUGGAUGCAUCACCGCUUGCUGCCGCAGGAUCUUAGGGAACGAGUUAGGCGAUACGAUCAAUAUAAAUGGUUGGAGACACGAGGAGUGGAUGAAGAAACCUUGGUUCAGAGCCUGCCUAAGGACCUUAGGAGGGACAUCAAGCGCCAUCUUUGUUUAGCUUUGGUGAAAAGAGUCCCUCUGUUCGAGAACAUGGAUGAGAGGUUGCUAGAUGCAAUUUGCGAACGGCUGAAACCAAGCCUGUACACGGAAAAUACUUACAUCGUAAGGGAAGGAGAUCCAGUGGACGAGAUGAUCUUCAUCAUUCGUGGUCGCUUGGAGAGUGUAACUACUGAUGGCGGAAGAAGUGGUUUUUUCAAUCGAGGUUUGCUAAAAGAGGCAGAUUUCUGCGGCGAGGAGUUGUUAACCUGGGCUCUGGAUCCAAAGUCUAGCUCCAAUCUUCCCUCGUCCACGAGGACUGUAAAAGCUUUGACAGAAGUGGAAGCCUUCGCUUUAGUUGCUGACGAAUUAAAGUUUGUGGCGAGCCAGUUCAGACGGCUUCACAGCAAACAGAUUCAGCACACCUUCCGCUUCUAUUCGCAGCAGUGGAGGACAUGGGCGGCCUGCUUUAUCCAAGCAGCAUGGCGACGCUAUACCAAGAGGAAAAUGGCAGAACUUCGACGCAGGGAAGAGAUGGCAGGAGCAGGUGAUCCCAUGAAUGGUGGUUCGAGCCUUGGAGCAACCAUCUAUGCAUCUCGGUUUGCAGCCAAUGCUCUUCGCGGAGUUCGUAAACUCCGGAGCAAGAGCAUGAGAGAGCUGGCGAAAUUGCGAAAGCCUCCUGAGCCUGACUUCGCGCUGUAUGAUGCGGAGUAACGCAGUUUUUGGCAGCUUAUGGUGGGGUGGUAACUCGAGAAGGUUUGGUUUUUAAUUAAUUAUUGUAAGGCCCUUCUCUUUUUCGGUUCAUGCACAUCAGCGUAUAGCAUCUGGAGGGCUACUUAACGCAUCGUGGUUCUUGAUUUGGUUACGGUCAUCACCAAGCAUUUUGUUGUACUUAUGAAGUUGCUGCGUUUCUUCUUUUUUGUUUGUUGGAAAUAUGCAAGUAUAUUACAUAUGAUCCAUAUUUGAAUGUUGUGAAAGCGUGGGAAGGAAAUGGAAAAUUGUGGAAAUUGGUGGAGCA